CUUGGCGUCGGUUCGACUCGAUCGAACAAGAGAAAGACGGCUGCUGCCACGUGCCCGAGCGUCCUCGCACACGGACUCGAGCCGCCAAACGUUCCCACGUCGCGACCUUGGACGACAACCGUGGCUAGAUCUCGACGAGCUUGGUGGUUGCAAUGGAUCAGUAUCCCGUCCUCAAGCGCAUGGCGGAUGCCAUCUACGGCGAAGUUCUCCUCUGUCGCGACUCUGCCACGUUUGAUAUCGUUGCUGUCAAGAAGAUUCACAUGCACCGAGCAGUCCAGCGCCUCUCGGGCGUCAACACGAACGCGGUAUUGCAUGAAGACGUUCGCUUUGAGCUCGAGGUGAACCAUCGCGUCCAGCUUGCAGGAGGCCACCCGCACAUCUGCCGCCUUCGCCACGACUUCACCUACGACCAUCUUGACGCUACGUCCAAAGUGCCCCAACCGAUUUUAGCCAUGGUGUUCGACUACUGUCCCCACGGUGAGCUCCUCACGACGCUGUCGGAAGCCAAGCAAUUCCCGGAAAUGGUCGCGUUGCGAUACGUCGCUCAAAUCGGUCAAGCCAUCGACUUUUUACACCACCUGCACAUCGCCCAUCGGGACAUUUCGCUGGAAAACAUCCUCUUGGACGGGAACUACCGCGCCAAGCUGUGCGACUUUGGCCUCGCGUGCGACGUCCACACCGUCCAGACGAGCCCGGUGGGUAAACUCCUGUACAUGGCCCCCGAAGUCCUCGCCGGCGAGGAGUACUCGCCCAGCCAAGCAGAUAUGUGGUCUCUUGGGGUAGCUCUCUUCACGAUGGUCGUGGGGCAUUAUCCCUUUCACGAAGCCUCAAUGCACGAUCCGUUCUACAACGUGCACGCUCGUGUCGGCGUGGCUUGUUUGCUGCGAACGCACAGCGUUGGGUACUUGAGUGUCGAGCUGCAAAAUUUGCUGGCCAAACUGCUUCACGUGAAUCCACGCGAACGGUUGCAAUGCCACCAAGUCCUAGCCCAUCCGCUCAUUGAGCCGUUCGUGGACGACGACUUCGACACAACGUCGUUCUCGACUGUAUCUCUGGACAACGACAGCCGCGUCGUUGUCGACUCGCCCAAGUCGGACACGGCAGGAAACGUGCAUGAGCCGCACAAGUACCAAGGCAGCCACAUUCGACUCAAGAAAUCUCCACCAAGUCAAGCGUUCAAUUCGCCGGGAAAGCCAGUACCCCCUGUCAUUCCGGCCGACAUGGACUCGCUUCAACUCGACGAGAAGCUGCUCGCAGUCCCGCUCCAUCGAUCAACUCACACCGCGCUAUCCCAGUCGUCUGUCGGUCCCAGCACCAAGGGUUCGUUCAAGCUCUUCUGGAAGCAAAAGGUCCAGGCAUGGCGACACCGAUGGCGGGGCAAGGUGUAACGCCAAUGUGUAACUGGUAACGAUAUGUAACGGCUACGGGUGUGCACAGUUCCCA